AUGGCGACCGUACGGAUAUGUCUUUGUGGUGACGAUGGCGUCGGCAAGAGCUCCAUCAUCACGUCUCUCGUCAAAGAUGUCUUCGUCACAGCCAAAAUCCAACCCGUCCUACCACAGGUAACACUACCGCCCACGCUCGGAACACCCGAUAAUGUCACCACCACCAUCGUCGAUACCUCUGCGCUUCCCCACGAACGACAUACUCUCCGAACAGAGCUCCGCAAGUCGAAUGUCAUACUUCUCGUAUACUCGGACCACUACAGCUAUGAGAGGGUGGCCUUGUUUUGGAUGCCCUACUUCCGCUCGCUAGGCGUCAACGUGCCAGUAGUCCUCUGUGCAAAUAAGUCUGACCUCGCUUCAAAUGGCACAACAUCGCAAGUGGUGUCAGAGGAGAUGCUGCCGGUCAUGAAUGAGUUCAAGGAGAUCGACUCCUGCAUACGGACCAGCGCCAAGGAUCACCACAACAUCAACGAGGUCUUCUUCCUUUGCCAAAAGGCCGUCACCCACCCAAUCGCACCCCUAUACGAUUCGAAAGAAAAUUUGCUCAAACCGGCGGCCAUCUCUGCAUUACAACGCGUCUUCCAUCUCUGCGACACAGACAAAGAUGGUUAUUGGAACGACCAGGAAGUCCACGAUUUCCAGAUCAAGUGCUUCGAGAAACCACUGGGCGAUGAUGACCUGGCCAACAUAAAGAGGUCAAUGGAGCGCUUUGCCCCAGGCCUGACCGGCGAACAUGGCAUGGACGAGAAGGGCUUUUUGCUUCUGAACAAGAUCUUCGCGGAGAAGGGUCGGCAUGAGACAAUCUGGAUUAUACUGCGGAAGUUCCACUAUACCGAUAGUCUCAGUCUCCAGGAUACAUUCCUCCAUCCCAAGUUCGACGUUCCUCAAUUCUCGUCGGCUGAGCUGAGCCCCUCUGGCUACCGCUUCUUCGUGGAUCUCUUUCUCAAGUUCGACAUGGACAACGACGGGGGGCUCAACGACAGAGAGCUUGCCAAUCUGUUCGCACCCACGCCCGGCAUGCCAACGUCAUGGGUAGACUCGGCAUUCCCGUCGUGCACAGUGCGUAACGAAGCAGGGUACAUCACGCUACAGGGUUGGCUCGCGCAAUGGAGUAUGACUACUUUUGAAGAGCCCAAAACGACUCUGGCUUACCUAGCAUACCUUGGGUUCGAAAGUGGCGAUCGUGGGGGAACGACGAGCGCGCUCAAAGUGACCAAAGCGAGGAAGCGAAGGAAGAAGCCUGGACGAGUCGAACGUAACGUCUUCUUAUGUUACGUGCUUGGUUCGAGCGGGAGUGGAAAGAGCUCAUUGCUAUCUGCCUUCCUACAGCGACCGUUCAGCCACACAUACCAUCCCACGAUAAAACCCCGCUCGGCUGUCAAUAGUGUCGAACUGAAAGGUGGAAAGCAAUGCUACCUGAUCUUGGAAGAGCUUGGCGAACUCGAACCCGCGAUUCUAGAAAAUCAGACCAAGCUGGAUGCGUGUGAUUUGUUGUGUUACACAUACGAUUCGAGCGACCCCACUAGUUUUGCGCAUAUCGUCGAGUUGCGGAAGAAGUAUCCUCACCUGGAUCAACUACCAGCCGUCUACACAGCCCUGAAGGCAGACCAGGACAAGACGAUGCAGCGAUGCGAGCAGCAGCCCGACGAAUACACCAGCGCUCUGAGAAUGGCACCGCCACUACACGUCAGCACGACGUGGAACAGCAUCUCGGAGUUGUUCGUUCACCUGGCCGAAAGCGCUACCCACCCAUCGACGGCUUUCCCUAAGCAGGAAGAGGACGGGCGCAUACUUGGUGGGAAAACGGAGAUUGCUCAGAACUACCAUUGUUUUGUUUCUCUGCUGCAUUCUCCCGGCAAAGGCCCGCGGCGCCAACCCGACUUCCAAGGAGCCCCCAAGCUGACCAAGUCUCGUACCCCACAGGCAACCGACAGAGCACGAGAGCUAGACCGCCUAUAUCAAAUGCGAAAUCCACCCCGUCGGGGGCAUGCGCCGCAGAUAUCCAUCAGCGAUGACAGCCACCACGUCACAGAGGCCAUAGGUGACAUGUACGGCGGAGAUAGCGACACCGAGUCGAACCGACGCAGCCUGCGACCCCUAAGCUUCAUUCCCAGCCCCAACGGCGACUCGAUACAGUCCUUUGGCGCCUUCGAGGCCUUUGAUCCCUUCCCCACCGCUCCGCCCGCAAGAUCCCCGCUGCGUCCCCAGAUGCCCUACGAGAAGCCCGCAACGCCGACGAGCCCCAAUGGCAGCACCAACGUGCCCCAGAAGAGGGCCUCUAUCGGCCGACACCCGUCAAACGGCGGCGAGAUAUCCCCUCCACUGUCUCGCUCCAACUCGAACACGGCGUCGCAUCAGUUCCCGCUCAAUAAUCUCGACUACGAAAACAGUCCUGCGGGUCUUGCCCAGGAGUUGAGCAACCUACAGGCUAUACGCAGGAUGUCAAUGGGUGUUAACAACGCCGAUCCCGAUCUACCAUCGUUCCAAUCCGCCAGCUCACCCCCCUCUCCGCCGGCCAUGUCUGAAGAAGACGAAUCGAAACUCUUCUGGGUACCUGCACGCUUGCACCCCGAACUGGCGCCUAUGGAAUUCAAGACAUUUAUCGAGGACAAGAUUGACCGGACGAGACGACGCUCCGGCGACUCAGACUCGCUAUCGCCGGACGGUGCCAUGGGACGUCAGGGUUCAAGUGGAGGUUUACGGCGGAAGAAGUCUAUGCUUUCCAGGCAAAUCGAUACCGGUACAGGCUACAAAGAUGGUGCUGAGAGACUGGAAAGGAAACGCUCCGGUGCGCAGCCCAGUGGGGGCCUGUCUAAUCUCCAAGAACUUGAGCAUAUACAGGAGGACCCAGUGGCUUUGAUAAGACGGAUGAGCAUCGACCACAAGGGCAUCAGUGGGGAGGGAGAGGAGGGUGCCGAUGGCAUGCCAAUCGUACCAGGCAGUAAAAUGCGUGGUCUGGGAACGCUGAAGAGAUCAACACACACUACUUACAGACGAGGCAGUCUACGGAAAGGCGGUCCGGCCCUCUCGCGUCGACUUGUCUCUGGCCGACAAGCAGAAACAGAUACAGAGGACUCUCCGGGUACCUCCCCCGUACACUCUACUGAGAGCAUACCCGAAGUUCCUCCUCUCCCAGGACUUGCGCGAGUUCAGUCGGAACCGGUCAACUCGGCGUUCGAGGGAUCGUCCAACAACUUCUCGCGGCCACAAGCAAGCCGGGCAUCACCCAGCUAUGGCGGAGAAAGGCCCGGUUCAGCUGAGGAACAUCCAAGAUCAGCUUCCACUGAACCUGUGACACAGGACCGAACUUCGCCUCAGCCCAGGCAAUUCCACUCGAGAAUCGCCUCGAACGGCCGAACAACAGCGCCUUUGCCAGGCUACACCCCUCCGCCGCAACAAGUACCCCAGAUCAUCGAGACACCACCGCCACAAGAACUGAAUAGGAUACCUCAAUUUACGUUACCGGAACGUCACUCUUCCCGCCAACCACCGCCUCAAUCCCAACAACAGCCUGCUGGUCCCCGCCAUUAUCCUCAAUCUCAGCAGCAGCCCCCGCAGCAGCAGCCCCCGCAACAACAGCGCCAGCCUCAGCCCCAAUCAGGCCGCCCGAACCGCCAUGCCCAAGCCGCCCAGAAUUCCCCGAUCAAGCCCGCACAAUCAUUCGAUGAUUUAGUAGCACAGCCUUCUGCGAUGCCUGGCCAAAACAACAGAGUAGACUCAUUGUCCAUCAUCCCGAACGCACCAGAAGAGAAGAAGCCUGAUGGCAAAACUAAAGAUAAGAAGGAAGGCUCAGAAGGUGGCCAAAGAAAGACAAGCUGGGGCUGGUUCGGUGGUGACAAAGAGAAGGAAAAAGGCAAGAAGGGUGCAAAGGACGCAGAAAAGGAAAGCGAGAAGAAAGUCAAGAACAAGCUCAGCAAGCCUCAGGAAAAGGGCCACGACGAUACGAGACUGGACCUCCUGCAAACGUCCAUACAAGGUGGUGGUCGUGGUCGGGAAAGUGUAGUGCUAGAUCGUGAAAGCAUCAAGCUAGAAGAGGAGCGGAAGAAGGAGAGUGCUAGGAAGACGUCUAGCGAAGGCAAGAAAGAGAAGGAGCCUGGACUACUAUCUUCCAUCUUCGGAGGAGGAAAGAAGAAGGGCGAGAAAGAAUCAUCUCACAAGAAAAACGCUUCACGUGGACUAUCCCCUGAGCCUCCGCCACGCAUCUUGAAGCCCGACAUCGAUUACAACUGGACCCGAUUUUCAAUCUUAGAAGAACGUGCGAUAUACCGUAUGGCUCACAUCAAGCUCGCGAACCCUCGCCGCGAACUCUACUCGCAAGUCUUGCUAAGCAACUUUAUGUACUCGUAUCUUGCCAAAGUCCAACAGAUGCACCCGCAGAUUUCCAUCGGUAACUCCAAACAAGCGAAGCAAGCUCAACAGGCUCAGCAACAACAACAAGCCGCGCAGCAGAAAAAAGAGCAGCAACAGCAGCAGUUACAGCAACAAGCCGCUCAGCAAUCUCAACAGCAGCAACAACAGCAACAGCAGCCUGAAGAGUUUGCUCAGUAUCAGCGGUACCAGCAGCAACAGCAGCAGCAACACGAGCAACAAUCAGAGAAAUCCAACGAGUGGCCAAGCGUACAACAGCAACAAGCCAAUGGGGGUCUCCAACAUCAACAACAAACCGGACAACAACAGCAGCAGCAACAGCAGCAACAUCAAAGAGGGGCAUCGUAUAAUCAGAACCCACGCGAUUCACACCAUUCUAACUACAGCGCGAAUGGUAGCGGAGGAAGUGGUGGUGGUGGGUACAGCGUUGCGAAUACGCAGAAUUAUCUAGGUCAAUCUGGUAAAACCGGCGGAGGAGGGGCAGGUUACUCUAAUUAUUCGGAUUCGGAUCAGAGUCAAAGGGCCGAUGAUGAUAUGUGGUAG